GGUUUCACAGCAACACGAUGUAUUUUUGGUGUUCUCUUAAUACCAGUUCAUCCAUGCUGUAGACAAAUGUUCUGUCAGGGGUGUUAUGUCAAAAUACCGGGUUCGGAAGUUUUGAUACGCUAUUCGCAGGAAAUCCCGGCAACUACUAUACCAAGCACUAACUGCUAACAACUAGGUUUAAAAGACAGAAACAAUCAGUUUAUGAUACGGUUGUCAGCAGUCGAAGGACAGUUAUGAUAACAGGCCAAGAACUUAUUUCUGUAAACCUGCUCAGUUUCAGUCCCCCUUUUUUGUUGUUGUGUUUCAUCGCGUUUUUAAAUUCUUCCUUUCUUUCGACAUAUUGCAAUUUAUUUCUUCAUGAAACUUUAAAAGUCUACUUGUAUUGUGCCACAUUUAGGUCGCCUUAAAUCUGAAAUAGCACCAGCACUAAAGUAUUUGAGUAAUGGUCUUAUGGCUUCUAAGUCUCAAAUAAUUGAAUUGGAUCUCAGUGACAACGCUUUCGGUCCAAAUGGGAUUGUUGGUAUAACUGAUUUACUGGCGAGCAAUACUUGUCACACGCUUGAGGUACUGCGAAUGAACAACCAGGGUCUUGGGCAUGAAGGAUGUCGAUAUCUUGCAGAGGCCUUAGAAAAAGGACGAUGUUUGUCAAAGAAUCAAGGACUACUACUAAAAAUAUUUUCUGGAGGAAGAAAUCGUUUAGAAAAUGUCGGAGCUCAAAUGCUUUCCAAGGUUUUCUGUGAUAUGGGGUCCUUAGAAGAGCUUUCUCUGUAUCAAAAUGGAAUUGGAAUUCAUGGGGUAGACGGUAUUUUGUCAUUAGUGAAAAUAAUCAAAUCUAAUCCAAAUUUACGAGUGUUAAAUUUGUCGGACAAUUCACUUACUCCACGUGGUGCCGAAGCAAUUGCACGUGCCCUACCUUCAGUAGUCAAUCUAGAGGAACUUUAUUUGAGCGAUUGUAUACUCCGAUCAACUGGUGUAAAGGCACUUGCUUCCGCUUUUGAAGAUCCUGACAUCACUCCCAAUUUAAGAGUUUUGAAUCUAACUGGAAACGAAAUCAAACUGUCUGCUGGGAUUAAUUUAAUUCUAUCCUUGGGCAAUAAAUCCCAUUUAGAAUUACUAGACUUGAAUGCUAAUGAAUUCGGUCGCUCUGGUGUUCGAUCAAUAAUUCAAACGCUUGAUUCAGUCGGACUUUUGCACACAUUACCCAAUCCAAACGACAAAGAAGAUUCAUCAAAUAAAUCAGUUACAGAGGAAUCCUAUUUAUGGGCAUUUGACGAAGAUCAAGGUUCAGAUCAAGAAAACGAAGAUGAUGAAACCAACGAAGGAGAGGAGGAAGAGGAUGAUAAUGAAAAUGCAGAAGAUGAUGAUUCUAGAAGAAGUCGAUAUGGAGAUGAUGAUGAUGAACGAGAAAAUCAUACUGAUAUAACUUCAGACCAAAAGGAGAGUUCAGGCGUUAAUUUCAGUUUUCGUGAGGCAUUUUCAAAAAUUGGAACUAUUGGUGGUGGUUGUUUAACCCCACAAAAUGAAAAUAUCCAAAUAAAUAAACCUGGACCUUUUGGUAAACAAUCACUUGGUUUAUUUUCUGGAAUUUCACCUCAAAACACUGAUACAACAGAUGCCGGUGUGAUUCGUUCAAAACUAUGGCCUUCUUCAGGUUUAGGCAAUUUAUUCAAUUUUGGUGAUAAUGCAAACGCAAAAAGAAAUCUAUUUUCUCCACCAAUUCUAUCGAAUAAGACUGUUGGUCAAGUUGUUGAUGAAAAGAAAUUAGAUGAGGAUAAACUUAGACAACUUUUAAACGAUGCACUUUGUAAUCCAAAACAAGAAAUGAGUAGAAAUCGUUUGAUCGACUUUCUUGGAUCUACUGAAUACUUUAAACAACCACCGAUACAUCCUGUUAUAAUGUUAUGCUCACAAACAGCUUCACCAGAGAAUAUAGUUCGUUUAAGUUUAGCAUUAUCACGUAGUGUUAUAUGUCAAACAAAUUCUGUUUCUGGUGCAAUUAUGCAAUUGGCUAUCGGUUUAUUAGCUUCAGUAUUUACAGAUGUUUAUAAAAAGAAUAGAGAUAAUCAUCGUAUUAGUUGUGCAAUCAAUUGUCUUCUUGUUUAUUUAGGUGCUAUUAAACCGGAAAAAGAUAGUGAAGAUUGGGUGGAUUGUUCAUUGACGACUACUACUACUGAUAAUAAUAAUAGUAAUAAUAGUAAUAGUGUAAAACUUAAUAUACAGCAUUAUUUACGAUUGACUAAAACAUUGAUCGAUUAUUUCGGACCACAAUUAAUACCAAGUGUAUGUAAUUGUUUAACGGUACUUUUAUCGGAACAACGUAAAAAAGAAAUGCAUUCAGAAUCAUCUUCUAGUCAUGAUAUUCACACAUUGGAUGGUAUUCAUUUACGUGAUGAUAUUAUUAAUUCAUUAGAGAAACAAAUGACUUCAAUGAAUUUGAAGUGUUCAAAAUGAAGAAGAGAAAUAUUUUUUUUUGAAAAAAAAGAACAACUCAGAAAAGACAAUGAAGAAUUCUUCUUUAUUCUUUGCAUUUCUAACUAGUUUUUAUAUAUAUAUAUAUAUAUAGAUUAUGUAUUGAAUUCAAUAGAGAGAUUAAGUAUUAGAGAGUUUAAUGUGAAGAGAAUAAAUGAGAUAUAAUUCCUGAUUGUGUAUUUACAUCUACGUAUAUUUGUGUGUGUGUGUGUGUCUGUUUACUUUCAGUCGAGAAAGAAUUACAGUAUAGAACAUUGUAAAAAGAGAUAGUGUAAUACUGUACAUAAAAUUAAAGUUAAAUAACAAUUCAGUAUUUGUUGUUGUUUAUGCUUAGUGUUAUUAAUAUUAUUAUUUUCCUAUCAAUCAAUCAAUCAAUCUUCCCUCGAUAAACUGUCAUUGUUUCUGUAAUAAAUUUAUGUAGUCUGAAUAAAUAAUUGUGAUUGUGUUA